CUCCCGCUUCACAACAUCUCCAACAUCUAGACUACAAGCCCCCCGCCUCCCAGCAACAAAACAUGGCAGACAGCAUAGACAAGAUCCUUUCUGCGGCGGCAGACAAGUUCCGGGGCCCCGGCGGGUGCCUCGCGGUCGUCCGGGACGGGCAACUCGUCGGUCAGCAUGUAUGGGGGUUCGCGCAGCUCGACGAGGGGAUUCCGUUCACGGCCCAGACGCUGGUCCCGAUCUGCUCCAUCACCAAGCACCUGCUCUGCGGGACGGUGUACAUGGCCGCAGAGGAGGACCCGUCUCUGACCGACAAGAUGCAGGCCCUCUUUGACUCGUGGCUGGGCCCGGCGCUCCAGGCCCGCCAGCAGGACCCCAAGACGCGCCUCACCAUCGCCCACCUGUGCGACAACCAGUCGGGCGUGCGCGACUACUGGGCGGCCACGGUGCUCUGCGGCGCCAAGCCAGAGGACGACUUCGACAUGGCCAACCACGCGCCCAGGCUGCGUGAGCUGCUCCUCCAGUCUCUGCACUUCGAGCCGGGCACCGAGUACUCGUACUCGAACCUCAACUUCUACAUCGUCGCCCGCCUGCUCGAGCAGGUCACCGGCAAGACUUUUGCCGACCUCGUCGCGCAGUACAUCUUCAAGCCCGCGGGCAUGACGACGGCCGCCCUGCCGCCCAAGGACCAGCCUCCCCCGCCCUGCGUGGGCUACGAGGGCGACGAGAAGCGCGGAUACGUCCCCGCGGUGAAUGGGAUCGAGUGGGCCGGCGACGCGGGCAUUGUGGCGUCGCUGGACGACAUGGUCGCGUAUGAGAAGCACCUCCAGGGAUUAUGGGCUGCCACCGCUACCGACGGAGCGGGCAAGAAGAACUGGUACCAGGCCGCAGCGGAGCCGCACGUCUUCACCGACGGCAAGUCCACGCCCGCCAAGUACCGCAUGGGCCUCGGGCACGGCAAAAUCCAGGACAAGGUGGUUACGCUGGGCCACGGCGGCGCGCUGCGCGGGUUCCGCCUCAUGCGCAGCCACGCGCCCGCCGAGAGGGUGUCGGUCAUUGUGCUGUUCAACCACGAGGCGAGCAGCAAGGAGGCUGCCGACUUUGUGCUGCAGAAGGUGCUCGGGAUGGAGGUCGAGAAUGCCGAGCAGGCCAAGGGCUACGUCGACGAGCCGCCCAGCCCGGCCUGGGCGGGAGAGUUCCUGGACCAGGACACGGGCUUGAGGGUGAAUGUGGAGCUCGGCGAGGAGGGCAAGGGCAAGGUCAAGAUCACCUACGUGAUGCUUACCGAGACGAUCAAGCUGACGAGCAGCUCGACGGCCGAGUCUCUUGGCAUGAAGGCCAAGAUUGAGGGCGACGUGCUGACGGUCCACCGAAUCGUGGAGAACCGCACCCUCGUGGCCAAGAGGAUCAAGGCUGCUCCUGCGCUCGGCACUGUCGGGACGACCACGACCGCGGCACAGAUCGUGGGCAAGUACAAGUCUGACGAACUGCAGUCUACCUUGAGCAUUACGGGCAGUGGCGCCAUCUUGUAUGGCAUCUUUGAGGGAUUCAUGGGUAAAGGUCCUGUCCAUCUGAUGAAGCCGCUGGGUGAGAACGUCUGGGUCCUCGCAUGUCCACGAGGCAUCGACUCUGCCCCGCCGGCAGACUGGACGCUCGUCUUCCACUCUGAGGGAGGGAAGGUCAAGGGCAUGACUAUCGGCUGCUGGUUGACUAGAAAGGUUGAUUACCGCAAGAUAGAGUAGACGUUACCGAAUAUUAUAUACAAUACUCACUCUGCAGAACGGGAGGGUCAACACCAUCAUCGGGGUGUUAUCAGGGGCUGAAACCCGUUCCGAG